UCGUCCCGAUAACCUGGUAACCAGCCUCCGUUCCCCAUCAAUUUUUCUUCUAGAUCGCGACCCAUAGCCGGCGGCGGUUAGGGUUUGACCACCGCUGCGGCUGCGCUCCUCCGCCGUGCGUCCGCCAGCGCCGCCCGACCCGCGUCUUCUGCCUCGACUUCUACAGUGGCCUUGCCGCGAACCCGGGCAAUGGUAUCGCCCACGUCGACUUCUCCAGCGGCCCCGCCGCGCUCAUCGGGCCGCGGGCGUACCUCGCCAAUGGCGUCGGCCCCUUCGACUUCUACUGAGGCUCCGCCGACCUCAUCGGGCCGCGCGCGCACCUGGCCAUUGGCGUCAUCCUCUUCCACUUCGGGCCGCGCGCGCACCUGGCUAAUCGCGUCGCCCCCCUCGACUUCCGAAGAGACCCCGCCGCGCCCAUCAUCAGGCGGCGCGCGCACCUGGCCAAUCGCGUCGCCCCCCCUCGACCUCCGCAGAGGCCCCGCCGCGCCCAUCAUCAGGCCGCGCGCCCAGGCCAAUGGCGUCGCCGCUUCUGGAGCCCUCUUUUGGCGUCGGCACCUCCCACACCGCUGUUCCAGAAUCUGCGAGUAUGUAUGUCUUCCUCGAUAGCAAAAUCGAGUUGCUAGCCGAGUUGAAGAAUACCACUGCAAGAGGGUUGAGCUGUGCCCUCGGGAGCAAGAGGGUUCCAUCGAUGGCACCAGUCCCCAGUUUCUCGUAGCUUUUUCCCAUGAUGGUAUUCUUCAACGUAUGGCAUCGCUUAGCUUCUUGGACGGUGCUUUUGACGAGGAGUCAUUGGAAGAGGAUGAUACACAGAUGGAGGGAUCUGUAAAGGAGAAGACAUGGGAUCCAGAAGAAACAGAGGAACCAGAGGACGAGUCACAGUACUCAGAUGAUACAUGGCUGGAGGAAGCUGUGGAGGAGAAGACUUGGGAACCGGAAGAAACAGAGGAAUCAGAGGACGAGUCACAGGACUCAUAUGAUACAUUGCUGGAGGGAGCUGUGGAGGAGAACACCUGGGAACCGGAAAUAACAGAGGAACUUGAGGACAAGUCAAAGGACAUGGAGGGGAAAUGGCUGGAGGAACCUCAGAAGGAGGGAACAUGGGAACUGGAGGGAACGGAAACUGAAACGGAAUCAGAAGAGGAGCGGAUGAAUGAAAACUUCUCAGUCACGCUUAGAAUUUGGUUAACCAGGGCCAAUCUGGUUUUCUAUGAUUCGACUGGUUGGAUAUUCACAAAAGCCUAUUCUCUUCAGUGGCUUUCGAUUAAAGCGAUGGAAUCUUUGGUACGAGAAAUGAAAGAAUCGAGGCACAUUCUGAAUUUUGAUGCCUCCACAAUUCACAAUCAACAAUCAAUUGGGAGAUGCCAAUUUGAGGGUCUAGUGGUCUCCUCAUGUGCAAUAGAGACCUUCAUUGAAACACAGAUAUCUCCUAGCUUUAUUGAUUUUGAAUUGGAGAAAUGUUUAGGAAAAGGGGCAACCUGCAACGUUUGGUUGUGUUCCUACUUUUAUGACAAGAACCAUUACACUUUAAAGAUGAUCAGAUUAGAUAAUGAUGUUCAAAUUCAAACAGAGCCAAGAGAGGUUACCAUUCUAUCUAGCCUUAGAAAUGAAUACAUUGUCAAGUUUUCACAGGCAUGGGUUGAAUCUAAUAUUGAUGUGGAGUACAAAGAAGCAAGUGAAGAUGGCUCUAUAGUGAGUGGGGAUGAAUCCACGGAGUCGGAACGCUGCACUUAUUUGCUCAUACAAAUGGAAUAUUGCCCAGGGAGCCUUCAGGAUUAUCUGUCGCCUCCACACGAAUUUGAUGCUCCAAAGUCAUUUCAAUACUUUAAGGAGAUAACAGAAGGCCUAAAAUAUAUCCAUAAACAAGGAGUAAUCCAUCGAGAUAUGAAACCUGGGAAUGUGUUUUUGGGGCUUGAUGGUGUUGCAAAGAUAGGUGAUUUUGGGCAGUCUUGCUUUCGCCCAAAUGAUUGUCCUACGUUCACAGCCACACCAAAUCUUGGGACACUUGGAUAUGAAGCCCCAGAACUUGAAGCUGGUAAAAAUAUUUCAGAAAAGGUGGAUAUCUUCCCGCUUGGAAUAAUGUACUUCUCGCUGUUCAUUAGUUAUGCAACUUUAGUCCAGAGGCAUAAUGAGUACAUACAAUUCAAGAACGAUACUUCUCGAAAGAACUGGGAAUGCUUAUCAUGGCAGGGCGACUCUUCAUUUUGCAUGGAGCUAACUGCAGAAGAUCCACUAAAGCGUCCCUGUGCUGCUGAUAUCCUAGAGAGCCUACACAAAAGAACUAGGCUGAGUCAAAAGUGCGAGAAAAGCACUAAGAAUGAUGUUAAGAUGAUUGAAAACGAGGGUUGUGAAACUCAGUCUGAAGAGGAGCUCCGUCAAACCUGCCAUCACCGUGGCCACCUAGGCCUGCGAUCAACAGAAGAAAUUUGGAAACAGUCUGUUAGCAAGGAGCGUCAAGAGUUCCUAAGCCUUGUCCCUAAUGAGAUAGAACUGUAUAACUCCAUGAUUGAAAAAGAUACUACAAAGGAAGCUAAUAGAGCAUAUAUGGCUGCUAGAGAGGAGUCAGAUGAUGCCGUUAAGGUUGCUUUAAAAGAAGAUGUUCCUUUAGCGCUGAUUGAGAAGGUUGAUGCUAUGUUUCAAAAAUAUGAGAAAGAUAUUGAUGGUGUUGAUGCACAAACCGGAAACCACUUGCAACUGCUUGAUAGGGAUCAUGAUGGUAAGGUGACCCCUAAGGAGGCAGCAGCAGCGAAAGGUUGCAUAGAGAAGGGAGGCAUCCAAGAGCUUAUCAGCGAGCUCUCUAAAGACAAAGAAGGAACGAUUUCUCUGUAAGACAUUGUGUAGCGGUCUCGAUCAGAUGCUAACAGCUAAGGCCAAGAAGAUGAAGCACGGCAUUAGACGGGAACCUUUUGCCUGUGGACAGCGUAUUACUUCAGUUUAGCUAGAACAUUUUGAAUAUGUCAGCUACUUGAUGGCUGUGCCUUGUGUGAAUCAAAAAGGCAAGACAGCCAUUGUUUUGGCGCCUCUCUGGGCUGACUUGGAUAGAGCGAGCAGUGACUCGUAAGGAAAACCUUCUGUAAAGAACAUGAAUAUAGUUAGGUCUUUUUUUCUUUUUUGAACCAAAUGCAUUGGAUUGCAUUACUCGGUGGGCAAAGCUGACUCGCACGCCACUAAAGCUUGUACAUCAGGGGUUACAUUGUCAUGGAACAUCCCAUACUUGCUAAUACAUGGCCUACUCUAGUACA